AUGCUGUUCUGGGACGAGGGGAUGACCCAACCAGUGUCGCAAACCCUCUACCAACGGGAAGGGGAACACACAUUGUAUGUGGAUGCUGACUUCACCACUGCUCUGCAGAUUGUACCCCGCAGGUCUACAACAGAGAACAUUGCUGCAGAGCUGCCUGUGAACCAGGUGUUCUCCAGAGAGCACACCCUGUACCUCAUAGAUGUAAUGAGGGAACACCUCCUAAAGGAUGAAGCCGAACUGCCUGGCAAUCUAACUGAGCUGAACAAAAGAAUCAAGAUGGCAAGGGGGAAGAAGCGGUCCUUCUGGCAGGAAGUUUCGGAGAAGCUCAAAAACCAGUUCCAAAUGCAGUUCGAUGUCGACAGGGUAGCUAGGAAGUGGACCACCCUUGAAGAUGGCUACAAAAAGGCUGUAGAUAACAACACAUCCACAGGGAAAGGCCCAACUAAAUUCCAGUUUUACAAAGAAAUGGGGGAACUCCUGGGGGGACAACAUGACAUUGAUUUCCCUGUUGUUGGCACAUCGAAGGGCAUCACUGUUAGGCGGCCUGAAGCCAUCAAGCCAAUGAAGCAACCCUUGAUGCAGCACGACUCAUCUAAUGAGGAAGGCGAGUUGUCUUCUCCCACAGCCCAGUCCUCCGAUUCUGAGGGGACUUCAACCUCACGCCCACCUUUUGCACAGAAAAGGAAGCGUGGGGAGGAGACUGUCACACGGGUCAUCACCUGCUUUAAGGAAUGUGAGGAGGCAGCACAGCGUCGUCAUGAAGAAAUGAUGGAGCAAAUCAAAACCACCAAUGCUUUAUUCAAGCAGAUGCUGCAGAAUGUACGUGAGCAACAAUAA